AUGACGAGCUCUUCGGAUUUGGGCCAACUCGCGCACGAUGCCGCCGCCGCAACAUGGACCUUCACGGCUAUCUCGACGAUCCUAUUCUUCAUGCGCACCUUUUCACGGCUGCGUCUACAUAGGGAAGCUCUCGGCUGGGAUGACCUGGUGAUAACAAUAUCAUGGAUGCUCAAUAUCUGCCGCGCCUCCUUCCUCCAAACCACCCUCAACACAACCCACAAAGUCAUCUCCGCCCCCGACGUGCCCGCCCUCAUCGCCUCCGCCGCCUUCUGGGCCCUCUUCACCUCCGCCUGGUCCUACCUGACCAUUGCCCUGCCCAAGCUGGGCGUGGGGAUCCUCAUCUGCCGCCUGUUCCGGCCGCAACGCUGGCUGCGCGCGGCAAUCCUGACGUUCUGCAUAGUGCUGAGUAUCCUGGCUAUUUGUGUUAUCAUUGUUUCCUUUAAGCAGUGUCAUCCGGUGGCGGGACAGUGGAAUCCUUUUGCUCAUCCGGAUGUGCGGUGCUGGAAUCCAAAGAUUCAGUUGGUGCUUGCUUCUACUACCACGGGGUUCUCUGCCUUCGCGGAUCUGGCGUUUACUAUCUACCCCAUCAUCGUGAUCUGGAAUUUGCAGAUGCCCGUUGAGAACAAGAUCAGUGCCAUGGCAUUGAUGAGUCUGGGUGUUGCAUCCUUCGCAUUCGCCAUAGUCAAGCUAUACUGCAACAUCCUAAUCAGCGACGCAAACAGCACGUUCGACAUUCUAUACGCCUGCAUCCGCUUCGUCAUGUGGAGCAGCAUCGAAAACGACUUCGUCCUCAGCGCCGCCUGCCUACCCGCCUCCCCGCCCUUCUUCCGCGCUUGCAAGCGCGUGCUCAGCUCGCAGAUCACGCAGUUCUCUUCUGGUCGCCACACUUCCGAUCCCAUCUCGACGACCUCCUACAAGUCGUUCAAGUGGGGUGGUAGCCGGAAUCUGCCGGGCACUGUGGAGCUCACUUCGAAGGAUGAGGCGUUGCCGUCACCGGGGUUUGAGGGGAUUAAGGUUGGGGUGGAAAUUAGUCGGACGUCGAAUUAUAUAUAG